GCAUAUAUUGGCUCCUAUAUUUUGGGCUCAUACCCAUUUUUAUUCAAAAACUUUGUGUUCGAACUUGUAUUUUGUAGGAUUGAAGCAUUGCUCUGCAAUGAUCCGGAGAAGAAACUGUUUCUUUACUGGCGGGUGAUUCUGAGCCCAAUAAUUUGAGGAAUUUGAACUACGGCCCAAAUUUCCUCGACACCGUCUCGGGUAUGUUUUAGGAGUGACUUCGGAAUUGUGUUUCAUUUGCCACUCUUUAUUGUGAAAUACUGUAAUGUUUCAUAAGUUCAGCUAUGUUUUUGUUCAAUCCAUGCCGAGGUAUGUUUGUGCCUUGUGGUUGUGCUCAGUAUGAGGGUAGAUAUUCAGGUGGUCACUUGGUGUGGACUAUGGAGUGUCUUUACAAAUUACAACUGGGGUUGGUUAUGUAAAAUGUUUUAUUUUUCUCAUUAUUAAGAGACUUAAAAGAAGUUAGAUAUCAUGCAGACCUUGUUUGGGGAUAGCGUUUUCAGGAUUCUCUUAGUAUAUAUUUACUUGUAAUCUCACAUUAUACAUUAUUGGAAAUAUUAAAUCUUUCAUGGUAUCAGAGCAUUAGACUUCACGGCUCUCCCUACUCCUCCUUCGGCUCUCUCACUGCCGAUCUCUCUCUCUCCUUUUUCCGGCGUCACUCAUCGGCAUCACCAUGGCCGACGUCUCGUCCAUCUCCUCCGAGAAUACUUCCUCCACCAAAAUUCCCCAUCUCGCCUUCACUACUAUCUCCAACAUUAAGCUACAUAUUCUGGUUCAACUAAGCCUCUCCGAACCGAAUUACAAAAAGUGGAGCAAACUUUUCCGUCUUCUCGUUCUCCGAUUCAAUCUCAUGGGGUUUCUUGAUGGCACCAAAGCCGCCUCCUCCUCCACCGACGUUGAAUGGCACCAAUUAGACGCCUUGCUCCAAGGGUGGAUCCUCUCCACCGUCAACGACGAAGUCUCGGAUCUUGUUCUUGCAAACAGCCCCACCGCUCAUUCUCUAUGGACGACAAUCUACAAAUUGUUUCAUGACAAUAAACAUGCACGUGCGAUGCAAUUGGAGCAUCGGUUUCGAACAACAAUCAAGGGGACUCGGACGAUCAGUGAAUAUUGCCAACUCCUCAAAAAUCUUGCCGAUUAUCUCGAUGAUGUGGACGCUCCGGUGACCGAACAUGCCUUGGUGUUGCAGGUGCUUCAAGGGCUCCCUCAAGACAUCCGGGGUCAGGUUACGUUUCUCCAAUAUCAAACUCCGUUCCCCACUUUUUUGGAGGUCCGCUCAGCCCUCUUGCUCGUCAAACAACAACAAACCGACGCCACCCAUGGCGCCGGCUUGUCGACGGCCCUCCUGAGCGACGGCAGUGGCGGCGGGAGUCCAGUGGGGGGCGGGCAGCAGCGGCAGGCAGGCGGCCCUGGACGUGGAUAUGGCGGAACCCUGUUUCAUUUAUCUAAUAUUGAGGAUGUUUCUCCUAAACCUAUAUGUCUCCCUGAUGGGUCUCGUGUUCAAGCUGUCAAACAAGGGAGUGUGCAUUUAUCAUCUAGUUUGGACCAUUCGUCGAAGAUUGUGAUUGGACAGGGAACCCUGUUUCAUUUAUCUAAUAUUGAGGAUGUUUCUCCUAAACCUAUAUGUCUCCCUGAUGGGUCUCGUGUUCAAGCUGUCAAACAAGGGAGUGUGCAUUUAUCAUCUAGUUUGGACCAUUCGUCGAAGAUUGUGAUUGGACAGGGUGAUUUGCGAAACGGCGUGUAUGUCUUUGCUUCCUCUCCAGCGUCAGCCCUCGUAGCAAACAUCGAUCCUCUUGUUCUUCAUAAACGAUUAGGACAUCCAUCCGUGGAUGUACUCCCUUUCUUAGUCAUCCACGGUGGAGACCACUUCUCCACCGGCAGUAGUUCCUUCUCUUCCACCGCGUACGCGUCGUCGUCCGGCUCAUCUCAAUGACUAUGUUCUCAAGUUCGUCACAAUCGGGUACUCGGUUCCCUAUUACUAACUUUGUUCAUUAUAAUAAGUUGCAUGACAGGUA